UGAAGUUGACAACACUCAUUCAAGUUCUGCAAGUGAUUCAUUAUCUCAUUCAAGUUCUGAAAGGGAUUCAUCAUCCGAUUUGGAUGAUUCACUUGGAGAGUUGCUUUUAAUUAUAAAACUAAAUGAAUAUCACUCGCGUUUACAUAAAGAGCCAUGUUUGACUUCACAACUCUCAGGUCACCCAUUUGUGAUAGAGUUGUUGCAUGGAUAUCCAAAUAGAUUAUUUAAUUUUGCUAGAAUGGAUAAGAACACAUUUAUGAAUUGUGUUCGACAUUGAGGGACUUGGAUUUCUUACAAGAUGAUAGAUCAAUUUGUCUCGAAGAGUCAGUGUGCAUGUUUUUGCAUACUAUUGGGCAUACAACUCUUAAUAAGAUGAUUGCUGAGAAAUUUCAACAUUCUAAAGAAACCGUAUCUAGACAAUUUAAUAGAGUUCUCAAAGAAGUAUGUCGAGUUGGUACUCAAAUAAUUCAACCUCUAAAUAUGGAUGCGACACCUCCUGAAAUCAUGAGAAAUCCUAAUUACCACCCAUGGAUUGAUGGAACACAUAUCAGUGCAUGGGCUUCUGCAUCAAAACAAGUUUCAUAUCGAGGCACAAAAGUUGAAGUGACACAAAAUAGUAUGUGUACAUGUUCAUUUGACAUGUUAUUCACAUAUGUUUACACGAGAUGGGAAGGAACGGCUAAUGACUCAAGAGUAUUGAUGGAUGCAAUAAGUAGAGAAGAGAACAUAUCAACUUAA